CAAACAGCAGCAGCAAUGGAACAAUUACUGAACUCUGAGGAAUGUCGAUUGAUAGCGUUACGAACACUACAGUUAAAAGAAGACGAUGACAAUUUGGUGUUAUUGCAUUGGCAACUCAUUGCGGGCUCUAAAGACCUUAUGGGAUAUAUGGGCGAGUACUACAAGCUCCAUUUACAGGUGGAACACUCAGAGAUUGAAGUAGAGAAGAAUUUACAAUACUUUGUGAAAAGUUUGCCCUAUAAAAAUGCACCUCAAAGAGCCGAAUGUGAACGCAAAGGAGUUUUUCGUAAGGAAGCAACUAUCUAUGAGAAAAUAUUGCCCAAUGUGCAAAGAUAUGCAAGUCGCAAGCUUUAUCCAAAAUGUUACUACAGUCGAAAUGAUAUAAUGGUGCUGGAGGAUCUAGCACAACAUUAUCGACAUCUCAAACCGACUGAGAGCUAUACCCUAAAGCACUACGAAUUGGCUCUGGAACAUUUGGCUGCCCUACAUGCGGCUAGUAUAGCCUGGGAACAGCAGGAGCAAUUCAAUAUAGGAGAGCGGUACGAAAAUGUGCUUAUUGAAUUGUUUUUGAGCAUGCAAAACGAAUGGUUUAUUACAGGCUUAAAGGGCAUCGUUUUCUUGGCUGGACGACAUCCCAAAUAUCAAACGGAUAUAGCACAAAAAUUCAUCAAGGAGAAACUUUAUCAACUGUUGACCAAAUCGGAAGAACUUGUUAAACCUUCGAGAACUAUAAGAAAUGUGCUCUGUCAUCGGGAUACUUGGGAUCGCAAUAUCUUCUUUGGUUUCGCCAAUCCAACAGACAGCUUGCCAAACUCCUGUUGCAUUGUGGACUUUCAAUUGACCAAGUAUUGCUCUCCCUUAUUGGAUGUACUUUUCCUGCUCUAUAUUAUACCCUCGCCGAGUCGAAGACGUGAUAUCUACGAGCACUGUAUUGAUCAUUAUUAUCUAUGUCUGCAAUCGGAGUUCCGACAACUUGGAUUAUCGCCCUGUUUAAUUAGUGGGAAUAACUUUAUGGAGGAAUGCGAACGCAGUCGUCUGGUUGCCUUAAUAAUGUGGGCCUUGACCGAACCGCAGACAAAGGUCUCCGCCGAAAUCACAAAUAGAAUGCGCACCGAGGAACCUGAGAAAUUCGACUAUUAUCUCAAUUGUGAUCGCAGUGAAUUUUAUCUGAGAGUCAUGGAAUUACAGCCGGGUUAUGAAGAGAAGAUAAUGGUUCCCAUAGAGGAACUUGUCGAUUAUCUUAUGGAGCACGAAAGUCUGUAUACUCAAAAGAAAUACAUUAAAUAAAUAAGCAAGAUAUCGAAAUCUCUAAAGUGAG